AUGAGAGAGUUUGUCAACAUUCCACUGGUACAUAUUCUUACUCUGGUUGCCUUCAGCGGGACUGAGAAACUUCCAAAAGCUCCUGUCAUCACCACUCCUCUUGAAACAGUGGACGCUUUAGUUGAAGAAGUGGCUACUUUCAUGUGUGCAGUGGAAUCCUAUCCCCAGCCUGAGAUUUCCUGGACAAGAAACAAAAUUCUCAUUAAGCUCUUUGACACCAGGUACAGCAUCCGGGAGAAUGGGCAGCUCCUCACCAUCCUGAGCGUGGAGGACAGUGAUGAUGGCAUCUACUGCUGCAUAGCCAACAACGGCGUGGGAGGAGCUGCUGAGAGCUGUGGAGCUCUGCAAGUAAAGAUGAAACCUAAAAUAACUCGUCCUCCCAUUAACGUUAAAAUAAUAGAGGGAUUAAAAGCAGUUCUACCAUGUACUACAAUGGGCAAUCCCAAGCCAUCAGUGUCCUGGAUCAAGGGGGAUAGCGCUCUGAGGGAAAAUUCCCGCAUUGCAGUUCUUGAAUCUGGGAGUUUAAGGAUUCACAAUGUGCAAAAGGACGAUGCGGGACAAUAUCGAUGUGUGGCAAAAAACAGCCUAGGGACAGCAUAUUCCAAAUUGGUGAAGCUGGAAGUGGAAGUUUUUGCCAGAAUCCUGCGGGCUCCUGAAUCCCAUAAUGUCACCUUUGGCUCCUUUGUGACCCUGCGCUGUACAGCAACAGGCAUCCCUGUCCCCACCAUCACCUGGAUUGAAAACGGAAAUGCUGUGUCUUCAGGGUCCAUUCAAGAGAGUGUGAAAGACCGAGUGAUUGACUCAAGACUGCAGCUGUAUAUCACCAAGCCAGGACUCUACACAUGCAUAGCUACCAAUAAGCAUGGAGAGAAGUUCAGUACAGCUAAGGCUGCAGCCACCAUCAGUAUAGCAGAGUGGGGUAAACCACAGAAAGAUAACAAAGGCUACUGCGCCGAGUACAGAGGGGACAUGUGUAAUGCAGUCCUGGCAAAAGAUGCUCUUGUUUUUUUCAACGCCUCCUACGCAGACCCUGAGGAGGCCCAAGAGCUACUGGUCCACAGUGCCUGGAAUGAACUGAAAGCAGCGAGCCCAUUCUGCCGGCCAGCUGCUGAGGCUUUGCUGUGUCACCACGUCUUCCAAGAGUGCAACCCUGGAGUAGCACCUACUCCUACCCCCAUUUGCAGAGAGUACUGCUUGGCAGUAAAGGAGCUCUUCUGUGCAAAAGAAUGGCUGGCAAUGGAAGAAAAGACCCACAGAGGACUCUACAGACCUGGGAUGCAUCUGCUCUCCGUGCCAGAAUGCAGCAAGCUUCCCAGCAUGCACUGGGACCCCAUGGCCUGUACCAGACUCCCAUAUUUAGAUUAUAAAAAAGAAAACGUAACAACAUUCCCACCAAUGACAUCCUCAAAGCCGAGUGUGGACAUUCCAAAUUUGCCUUCCUCCUCCUCUUCUUCCUCCUCUGUCUCACCUGCGUACUCCAUGACUGUAAUAAUCUCCAUCAUGUCCAGCUUUGCGAUAUUUGUGCUUCUUACCAUAACUACUCUUUAUUGCUGCCGAAGAAGAAAACAAUGGAAAAAUAAGAAAAGAGAAUCAGCAGCAGUCACCCUCACCACGCUGCCUUCUGAGCUCUUGCUAGACAGACUUCAUCCCAACCCCAUGUACCAGAGGAUGCCACUCCUUCUGAAUCCCAAAUUGCUCAGCCUGGAGUAUCCAAGGAAUAACAUUGAAUAUGUGAGAGAUAUUGGAGAGGGAGCAUUUGGAAGGGUCUUUCAAGCAAGGGCUCCAGGUUUACUUCCCUAUGAACCUUUCACGAUGGUGGCAGUAAAGAUGCUCAAAGAAGAAGCCUCGGCUGAUAUGCAAGCGGACUUUCAGAGGGAGGCAGCCCUCAUGGCAGAAUUUGACAACCCUAAUAUUGUGAAACUCUUAGGCGUGUGUGCUGUCGGGAAGCCUAUGUGCCUGCUCUUUGAAUACAUGGCCUAUGGGGACCUCAACGAGUUCCUCCGCAGCAUGUCCCCUCCCACGGGGUGCCGACUCAGUCACAGCGACCUCCCCGCGAGGGCUCCGCUCUCCAGCCCCGGCCCCCCGGCCCUCUCCUGUGCAGAGCAGCUUUGCAUGGCCAGGCAGGUAGCCGCCGGCAUGGCCUACCUGUCCGAGCGUAAGUUUGUCCACCGGGACUUAGCCACCAGGAACUGCCUGGUGGGUGAGAACAUGGUGGUGAAGAUCGCCGACUUUGGCCUGUCCAGGAACAUCUACUCAGCAGACUACUACAAAGCUAAUGAAAACGACGCCAUCCCCAUCCGCUGGAUGCCACCGGAGUCGAUUUUCUAUAACCGCUACACCACGGAGUCUGAUGUGUGGGCCUAUGGUGUGGUCCUCUGGGAGAUCUUCUCCUACGGCCUGCAGCCCUACUAUGGGAUGGCCCACGAGGAGGUCAUCUACUACGUACGAGAUGGCAACAUCCUCUCUUGCCCUGAGAAUUGCCCCCUGGAGCUGUACAAUCUCAUGCGUCUGUGCUGGAGCAAGCUGCCUGCAGACAGACCCAGUUUCACCAGUAUUCACCGAAUUCUGGAACGCAUGUGUGAGAGGGCAGAGGGCAUCGUGAGUGUCUGA